AUGUACAAACCAGUAGAUACGAGUGGAUUAGAUGGGUCCAAUGAAGGGGGCCGGUCUUUAUUAGGUCAGAUUAGGUCUGCAGUCGGUAUUGGGAGCAGCACGGAAAGUAAUAUAUCUAAUGGGAAUGGACUUCGGAAUCCAUUUGCUGAGGGAGAAGAGAAUCCUUUUAUCCUUGACGAGGAAGAAGAAGGCGAAAAUGAACCCACUGGACGGCAAAGUAAUGACCAAGACGUACCAAAACAUUCCAGACAUGGAUCCAGCUUAUCAAAUACACAUAGUCAAUCGUUUGACAUAAACGAUGAAGACGCUCUAUUAGACGAUUAUGAGAACGAAGGAAAUGACAAUACAGGCUCUUUGGGUCAUAACGAGUUUCUGCUAUCACUUGCAAAUCAGACUGAUAAAAGUAAUCUCAAAAUGGCAUUUAUGAAUAUGGCCAAUAGUAUCAUUGGUGCUGGUAUCAUUGGUCAACCUUACGCAGUUAGACAAGCCGGUCUGCUAGCAGGAAUAUUUCUUUUAUUGUCACUGACAGUUGUUAUCGACUGGACAAUUCGACUCAUGGUUACAAAUGCCAAAAUGAGUGGUACCGAUACAUUCCAAGCAACAGUAAAACACUGUUUCGGCAAACCGGGUCUAAUAGCUAUAUCAUUAGCACAAUGUCUAUUUGCAUUUGGUGGAUCCAUGGCAUUUUGCGUCAUUAUUGGAGAUACCAUCCCACAUGUUAUCAGUGCUCUGUUCCCAUCUCUCAAAACAAUACCAGUCAUUAGCACACUAACGAGUAGAAAUGGAAUAAUAAUUCUAUUCACAAUGUGCAUUUCUACGCCAUUAGCAUUAAACCGCAAUAUAAGUCAUCUGGCAAAGGCCUCUGGAUUGGCUUUAAUUAGCAUGUUGAUUAUCGUACUCACAGUACUUAUAAGAGGCCCUCAAAUUGGCGGUGGUCCGGACGCUCAUUUCACACCGGCUACAUUGACUAUCAACUGGGGAAUUUUCCAGGCUGUCAGUGUCAUUUCAUUUGCAUUCGUAUGUCAUCACAACUCGCUGAUUAUCUAUGAUUCUUUGAAAACUCCCACUAUGGAUAGAUUUGCUAGAGUUACUCAUUGGAGUACUGGUGUGUCGAUGGUGGCCUGUAUGGCCAUGGGAUUAGCAGGAUUCCUGGUUUUUAAAGAUAAUACUAAGGGUAAUGUGUUAAACAACUUCCCUCCCAACGAUACUAUGGCUAAUGUGGCCCGGUUCUGUUUUGGGUUAAACAUGCUUACAACUCUGCCGUUGGAGAUUUUUGUGUGCAGAGAAGUUAUUUGGAUCUAUUUCUUUCCCGAUGGACCAAUUGCAACUACCAAACAGCAUGCCAUUCUCACACUGACACUGAUUGUUUCAGCCAUGACUGUAUCCCUUUUUACAUGUAAUCUGGGUGCCAUUUUGGAGUUAGUAGGAGCGUCGUCAGCUUGUACUAUGGCAUAUAUUCUACCUCCAAUGUGCUAUUUAAAGUUGUCCCGUAAGAGGCUCAUACACAAGUUGUCCUCAUACGCAUGCAUUGGGUUCGGUGUGGUGGUCAUGAUUUUAUCAAGUGCACAAACAAUAGCAAAACUUUUUAAUGAUUCGGAAGAAAACCACUGUACAGUAUAA